AUGGUGUUCACACGUAGAGAUUACUUAGCUGAUGGAAAUGAGUACAAUGGCCUUACUGAUGACGAAGUGUACGAAAUCCAAGAAGCAUUUAAUCUAUUUGACACAGAUGGAACAGGAACAGUUGAUCCUAAAGAGAUAAAAUGUGCUAUGCAGAGCCUUGGAAUCGAUAAGAAAAAUCCCCUAGUAUACCAGAUAAUCAACGAAAUGGACAAAAUGGGAUCAACUGCAGUUAACUUUCACGACUUUCUAGAUUCAAUAACAAUGAAAUUGGGUAGCAGAGAUAGUAAGGAAGGCAUUAGAAGGAUAUUCAAUUUGUUCGACGAUGAUAAUACUGGGUCAAUUUCUUUCAAAAACCUUAAAAAGGUUGCAAACGAACUUGGAGAGAACUUAACAGACGAGGAACUAAGAGACAUGAUAAACAGAGCAGACUCUAAUGGAGAUGGCCAGCUAUCAUUUGAUGACUUUUACUCAAUAAUGGCUAAGAGAACCUAUGUUUAA